AUGGCCGUGUGGACUCUGAUUAGCUCUGUGCUGCUAACAGCCUGCGUCCUGCUGCAGCGUUGUGCUGCUCAAACGAGCUGUUUGGGGCGCUGUGGAGAGCCGUUCUCACGUGGGCAGAUCUGUACCUGCGAUGAUGAAUGUCUCAUUCAUAAUGAAUGCUGCAAGGACUACGAGAAUGUCUGUACCUCCAGUGGCUCAUGCAAGGGUCGAUGCCAGGAAGCUUUCAGGAGAGGAAGGGAGUGUGAGUGUGACCCUGACUGCACCCUGUACAACUCCUGCUGUCCAGAUUAUAGCACACACUGUGAUAUAAACUACAGUGCACCAGAAGUCAGGACCGGCAAAAAUACAGGAGCUUGUGCUAAUGGCGAGUUCAGAUCAGCGCUCCCUCAAGGAGGCAGUGUUGUGGAGCUAGUGCCACUCACUGAAGAUCUAGCAGCAUCUCCUCUCGCUGAUGUUGAGCUUUACCUCCCUCUUCCUCCUGAAAAUCCUAUAGUAAACACACCAGGCCCACCCCAUGCUGGGACUUCCUCUCCUGGAGAACCCCUCGCCGAUGGAAACGGACACGUCCAGAUUUCCGUCUCCAUCAACGGUCAAGCAAGUGGAGGCAACCCUAUUCAACCCUCUGGUCUUUCUGGGCCUUCUGCAGGAAGACCGAGCACACUGACGGACAUAGCUCAGGCUCUGGCGGCCGCCAGUACAGCGGGACAGCCACAAGAUCAGAGCUCUAGCCCGAACCUCUGCAAUGGAGCCCCGAUCAACGGUGUCGCUUCACAAUUCAACGGCUCCAUCAUUGUUUUCAAAGGUCAUUUCUUCUGGCUCCUGGACCCCAAGACCAGAGCAGCCGGUCCUGCACACAGUAUUACAGCAGACCUGGGCAUUCCCUCGCCUAUCGACACCGCCUUUACUCGCUGCAACUGCGAGGGCAAGACCUACAUUAUCAAGGGUGAUAAUUACUGGAGCUUUCAGAACGGUGUGAAGGAGCCAGGUUACCCCAGAUCUGUGUCUAAGGACUUUGGAGGGCUGUCUGGGAAACUUGUUGCCGCUCUCUCUGCCCCUGCCACCAGGAACAAGCCAGAGACUAUUUACUUCUUCAGGAAAGGAGGUACUGUGCAGAAACUCACCUACCCUGUGGGAAGUGGGCCAACCUGCACUGGGAAGAAAGGAAAGAACCCUGUGACUGCUAAGAAUCAGCAACCAGCCAAACUGUCCGGAGAGAUCAACAUUACCCUGAAGUGGAAAGGAUUCCCCACCCCGGUGACCUCUGCUCUCUCCAUGCCCAACUCAAAGAAACCUGAUGGGUUCGAUCACUACGUCUUCUCCUGGCCUAAAGUCUUCAGCAUUAAGAUCAGCAACGACAAUCCUGUUCUGGCAUCUACUGCGAAGCCAUCUGCUGAGAAUGAUAUCAAAAACUGGCUCAACUGUCCUCAAUAAACAAACCCGAAGCGAAGAAAAACCUGAGCUUCUCGUUCAGCAGCAAGCCACCUU